AUGUAAAAAGGCAAUCAUAAAUUAGAGAAGAAUAAAUGCUCUGAACAUAAUGAGAAAGCAGUUUUUAUUAGAACAUCAUUUACAAACAAUAAACAUCUCAAAUUAUGCUAUAAGUGCAUUCUAAAUUAGAAUAAAAAUCUUAUGCUAAUAGAAGAUGUUGAACAAUAAUUUUAGAAUGCAAAGAUUCAAAUAAUUAAAGAAAUAAAAAGUAAAAGAGAAAGAAAUUCUAUUAUUUUUAAGAAUAUUAAAGAAAACCUUUUAAAAUUUUAGACAUCAACUUAAGAUAAAAUAUCAUAAAUUAUGCUCAAUAUUGAUGAGCAUUUGAAAUAAAUUGCAAAUACAAAUUAUGAAACUUUGGAAAAUUUAACUGUUUUUAAUUUUGAUGAAAUAGAAAAACUAUUGAUAUCAAACACAAUAAAUUUUGAAAAAAUCAAAAAUAUGCUUUCCAAUAACUUUUAGUCACUAUCAACUAGCUAUUUUAUAAAAGUUAAUGAAUAAUACUUAGCAAAAAUAGAAUUAGAGGAAGAAAAUUAUAAAUUUAGAUUAAAUUAAGAACUUACUAAUUGUAAGAUUUAAAAUACAAUUAAGUUGCCUAAUAACAAUCUAAUUUGUGAAAAGCAUUAAUCUCAAUUAAUGAUGGUUGAUCUAAGUGAACAAUCAAAUUUACCAAAUAGAAUAGCAUGUUAUUAUUGUAUUACAGAAUAUACAGCAAAAUAUACAUCAUUUGAAGAAUUUCAAUAAGUUUGGAUGAAAAAUAAAUCUAGAUUAUAUGAAUAAUUUAUUACUUAUUAGAAAUAGGUAAAUUCUCAGAUUGAGAAUUCAAUUGAGUUGAUAAGUGUUUUUAAAGAAAAGAUGAUCAAAUUUUUAGAUGUCCAUUAAACUGCAUUAAUCUAAAUAAAAAAUAUACCCAAUUUAGAAUCAGUUUAUAUUGUUCAAUAGUUGAUAUCUAAAGAAUGGAUUGAUUUAAAUGAAUAAGAAAUUAUAGAGAUUGCCAAAACAUUAAGCUAAUUGAAUAAAGGAUAAAUGGUUAGUAAGGAAAUAAAAGAAGAAUUCGAUUAAAAAUUAUGGAAGUUUAAGGAAUCUUCAAAUCAUUUAAUUUCUUAAUUUUAAUUAAUGCAAAAUUAAUUUAUUCUAGAUAUUAAAAAUCUUUAGAAAACAGAAGAAGAAUUAAAAGUGUCUAAUUGUGGAAUCAAGGAAGAUUUAUCAUAGAAUACAAAUAUGAAUUCUAAUAAAAAACCAAUUAAUUAUGAUUUUAUAGAAUAAGAUCCAAUGUUAGAUCUAAAUAUCAAUUCUAUCUAAUUUAGUCCUGAUUCAUUAAUAUUAAUUGCAGGAUGCUCUGAUGGAAAAAUACAAGUGUUUGAAUUGAAAUCUGAAAAAUUAAAAUUAUUGGAAGUAUUACAUGAACAUAAAAACUAAGUGGAUUCAUUGUUAUUUAUGAAAAAAUCAAAGGAAUUUUUAUCAGGGAGUAAAGAUGAAACAAUGGUUAUUUGGUCAGGGACUAAACAAUAUAAGGAUUGGAGAAUUAAUUAAAAAUUAAGAGGAAAUAAUGGAAUGUUAAAUUGCAUGGCAUUAAAUAAUGAUGAAAAUUAUUUUGCAGCUGGCUGUGGAAAAACCUUAAAAUUAUGGUCCAAAGAUAAAGAAUGGAAGUUUUAAUAUACUAUUUUGGAAGAUAAAACAGAUAUCUCAAGUAUUUGUUUUAGUGACUCUUAAAAUAUAUUAGUUUCUUCAUCUUAUAAUAGUAAAUGCAUUUCGAUAUUUCAAUUAAGUAAGGCAAAUACAUGGGCAAGAUCUUAAACAAUUAUGACUAAUUAAUGGGGAUCCAAUUUAAUAUUCUUAGAUAGUACAUCAUUCAUAUUUUAACCUUUUAAUUAGGAUAUUUUGUAAAUACAUGAUUUUCAUCCAUAAUUAUAACAAUAUGAAAAAUCUAAGCAAAUAAGAAUUGAUUUUGGAAAUCAGAACAAUUACUCACCUUCUACAUAAAUAAUUAAAUCUUAAGAUUUUCUCCUUUAUAGAGCUGGAUAAAAUCUUAAUUUAAUAAGAUGCUUUAAGAAUAAAUAAUUCAAUAUUGAAUGGUCACUAAAACUAAGGGAUGGCAGAUAAAUUUGUACAAUCAGUGAUAAUUCUAAAUAUAUAGCAACAUGGAAUUAAGAUACGAAAGAAUUCUUAAUUAGAAAACAAAAGGAUUGA